AUGACGAUUGACGUUAAAUAUGAACUUGAAAACAUUCGACCAAACCUGUUUCUUCAAGAAACGGAGGACACAUGGGAAAAGAUAGCAAAGGCCUUAACGUCGCUCAUUAAACUAUGCGACACCGGUGCCUACGAUACUCAUCCAUCCGAUAUUGUCUCGAUGGUCAGAGCCGCCCAUCGUCCAAUUAUCAGCGCCAUGAACUCGGAAAGAACACGACUUUGCAUGGUUCCUAUGGAUCUUAUGGUCUCUCUAGGCGGUGCUAUGGGCAUGGAGUUUGAUCAGAUUAUGCCUCUUUUCAUCCCAACUCUUCUCACCAAUUGUGCCCGAACAAACAAGGUCAUUGUUAACCGCGCAAAAAGCACUAUUUUAUCAGUAAUCGAAGUCACUCAGCUGGCUGCUAUACUUACCCAUUUCUAUCACAACAUCAAAGACAAAUCUUCCUCGAUGAAAAUCGCCAUUUCCGAAGGCACUUUGGCAUGUCUCAACUCCUGCAAUCCCCCCGACCUUGAGAAGGAAGCUCGCGCAGUUGAGAUUGAGGGCAUUAUCCGUAUUACUGCACGCGACGCAAACGCCGAUGUCAGGAAGAACAGCAGGAAGAUAUUCGAAAGCUAUACGAUCUUACUGCCGGCAAGAGUUCAGAGCUUCACUGCCCCAUUGAGUCCAACGACAAGAAAAUAUUUAGACGUCAAACCACCCACUGUAACAACCCAGAAGUCAAGUUCUAACCUUCGCAGCAAUAUUACCCUCAAACCUGAAGUCAAAUCGAAAUCAUCUGUUGGUCCUUCCUCAUCCACAGGGCAUUCUAGAACAGCUUCCUCUUCGACACAUUCCACAGCUACUGUCGGUGGUCAAGCACAAACUCAGCCGACUACGUUAGUACGAGUGAGCAGGAAGGACCCUGUCCCUACGGUUGCGCCAGUUCCCGUGCGUCUAACCCAGCCGUCAAGGGUUGCACCAGAACCCGCAAAAGUGGGUCCACAAAGGCCAAUAACGUUACCGCCGAUACGUACAACUGGCGUACAGCCAAUCAUCAGAACGACAACAGUACAAGAGACAAAGCGCCCUAUUCCUCCUUUACGAACGCAAAGAAGUACCGCUUCACUUACAAUAGUCACAAAGUCUAGCGCUCCACAACGCAUUCAAAUAACCACCGCUUCCACUUCCGCUGCUGCUGGAUCCAGUUCGCAGGCUCUGCCAUCGGCAGGCCCAAGGCGAAUCCCAAUGCCUCCUCCGCCUCCCCCUGCACCGAAGAAAGAUACUGAUGGACCUAAGCGACCUGCUUCACGAAUAGAUAAUGGAGCAUCUACAGCAAGUCAUCGAUCUGCUGCUGUGCCGCCUGCUCCAGUCAAGAAGGCGGCAUCCACAGUUACGUCGUCUCUACGUGACCGCGUUCCAUCCGCAAAGCCCCCUGCAAAGCCUACUGUCAACAUUUCGCGGCCCAAGUCGUCCACAGCGACGACGACAACUUCGGUCGCUGCCUCUACAUCUGGUACAUCUACAACCAAGGCUCAGGCGCCUGCUAAAGCAAAACCAGUGUGGGGUAAAUCGGCGCCUCCUGCUAAACCUGCACCUCUAGCUGCUCAAAAGGCCGCAACUUCGUCUUCCGCUAGACCCGUCCCUCCUACAAACACCAGAGCGCCGGUCAAGACGAUGCUGACGAGGAAACCGUCGACGCGUGCUACUUCUAGCUCUAAGGUUGCGGGACCACCUAUCAAAACAUCCGCCGAGAAACCCGUGAUUCCAGAAAACAUUGCUUUACCUCCGUCACCACCGCCUGCAGAAGAAGGAAAGGAUGAACUCGUUCCUGAAGUUGAGAUUGCCGUUCAAGAAAAAGGCGAUCUAAACAACGAUGGUACAGGUCCAAUAGCUGAUCCAGCUUUACCUGAUAUUGUUGAACCUAACCAAAUUGAUGAUGAGGGUGAUGAAUCAAGCAGCCUCCAAGCAAAUGAAAACAGCGAUGUAAACACUUUGUCCACGAUCGUUGCCGUCCAAUCGUCAUCAAUGAAUAACAAAGAGAACAUUCCCAUCCCCAAUGUUCAACAUGAAAUCCAGAAGCCCGAAGAAGCGAUGCCUGCCGGAGAAGAAGUUCAGGAAGAUAGCGAUUCAUUGAUGCUCCCAGAGCACGAGAAUCCUCGAACUCCUCAACAAGGUCUCAAACCAGCUCCUUCCGCCGACGUCAAUGCAGGCAAAACCCCCAUCUCUGCCCUGCUGUCUUCAAUAGAACGAGGCUUCAAUUAUGACUAUUCUCCGAUUACCCCUCUCUCGCCUGCUGAUUCCUACUUGCCAAAACUCAACGGCGAGACUCCCUACAGCCAUCAUACGCAUGCGCCGCAUAUUAAAGGGCCUAUGCAGCCUUUCAAUCAUGCUCUACACGCACCUGGGCAUGGAGGUAUUUUCGGGGGUUUUGGAGGUGUUGUUAAGCCCAAAGAAGAGCUCGUGCGAGGGGAUAUCGGCGUCGUUCAGUUGAGCGAGUACAAUAAGAUUUACAAGCCGGCAAGUUUACCUGGACUAGAUGACGGGCGACAGGCAUUUAUUGAACUUAAUAAACAUUAA